AUGAAUGAGAUGUGGAGGUGGCCGUCUUGCUGGGAGGAACCUAUGCAGACCAGCUUGUUGGAAGGGAUUCCUUCCAACAAGCAGGUCUGGAAGCUGGCUUUCCGGGAGGAACCCCUCCUGGUGGUUGGACUACUUCCUCAAGGUUGGAGGCAUUCCUCUGACAUUGAGACCGUACAGGUCUCAAGGCUGAGAGGGGUUCCUCUCAACCUUGAGACUGUAAAAGGUCUCAAGGCCCAGAGGCAACGCUGCCACAGAUACGAUACGCUGCGUGUAUCAUGGAGAAUUCUGCAAAGCUGCAUGGCCAAAAACCAAAUUUGUUGA